CAGAAAACAAUUUUGACGUAUUACUUCCUAAAAAUUUUUAUUUGUGCUGGUACUGAAAAUUUAAUUGAGAUAUUUUCAAGUGCUUUAAGGAUGAAUAUUACUUCGGCUGCGGGGAUUAUAUCCCUUUUAGAAGAACCAAGACCAGAACUGAAAGUAUUCGCCUUAAGGAAACUAGAUUCCAUAGUUGAUGAAUUCUGGCCAGAAAUCUCGGAAGCUAUCGAAAAAAUAGAAAUUCUGCACGAAGAUAAAGUGUUCCAACAACAUCAGCUAGCUGCUUUGGUUGCUAGUAAAGUUUACUAUCAUCUGGGUGCAUUCGAAGAUUCAUUAACGUACGCUUUAGGAGCCGGUGAUCUCUUCGAUGUUAACGCUAGAACUGAAUAUGUCGAGACCACGCUCGCAAAAUGUAUCGACUUCUAUACGCAACAGCGCAUCGCUCUGGCAGAAGGUUCGACCGAUGCGAAACCUAUAGAUCCGAGGCUCGAAGCGAUCGUAAACCGAAUGUUCCAACGUUGCUUGGACGACGGGCAAAACCGGCAGGCAAUGGGGCUCGCCUUGGAGACCAGACGAAUGGACAUCUUCGAACUAUCGAUCACGCAAGCCGACGAUAUUAUCAGCAUGCUCACCUACGCUUUCCAAGUGGCGAUGAGCCUAAUCCAGAAUCGAGCGUUUCGCAACACCGUGUUGAGAUCGUUAGUAGGCCUGUAUCGCGGCUUGACUACCCCGGACUACGUCAACAUGUGUCAAUGUCUGAUCUUCUUGGAUGAUGCGCUAGCGGUCGCGGAGAUUUUAGAUAAAUUAGUGUCCGGCAAGGAAGAGUCCGAAUUGAUGGCUUACCAAAUAGCAUUCGAUCUCUACGAGUCCGCAACGCAACAGUUUCUGGAGAGAGUUUUGGUCGCGCUUAGAGCUACAGCUCCCAUACCUUCGCUGUUGGAGGAAAAGGUUAAAUCUAAAACCGCCGAAACAUCUAGCAGCACUUCAGCAGAGUCUGGCAGCAAAGAUCCUGUCGUCGGUGAAACUAAAAGCGAGGCGAAAGAAGAAAAAUCUAUCGAGGGUUUGACUGAAAGUGAAAAGGAACACCAAAAACGAAUCGAAAAAUUGCACACCAUCUUAUCCGGCGAAGUAUCGAUAGAACUCCAUCUUCAGUUUCUCAUUAGAUCCAACCACGCCGAUCUUCUUAUUCUGAAGCAAACGAAAGAAACGGUUCGAGUUAGUAUUUGCCACACUGCUACAGUGAUUGCUAACGCUUUCAUGCACAGCGGUACUACCAGUGACCAAUUUUUAAGGGAUAAUUUGGAAUGGCUAGCCAGAGCGACGAAUUGGGCGAAACUUACAGCUACAGCCUCCCUGGGUGUUAUCCAUCGUGGGCACGAGCAAGAAGCUUUGACGCUCAUGCAAAGCUAUUUACCGAAGGAAGUCGGACCGAGUUCCGGGUAUUCCGAAGGCGGCGGUUUGUACGCUCUUGGUCUUAUUCACGCCAAUCACGGUGCUAAUAUCAUCGAUUAUCUCCUUGGUCAACUGAAAGACGCUCAGAAUGAGAUGGUUAGACAUGGCGGUUGUUUGGGCCUCGGUUUGGCUGCUAUGGGGACGCACAGGCAAGAUCUCUACGAACAGCUCAAGUUCAAUCUCUAUCAAGACGAUGCUAAUACUGGAGAGGCUGCCGGAAUUGCGAUGGGUAUGGUUAUGUUGGGAUCCAGUAAUUCCACUACUAUCAUGGAUAUGGUAGCGUACGCCCAAGAGAGUCAACACGAAAAGAUUCUUCGCGGUUUGGCGGUCGGUAUAAGCUUCACCAUGUACGGUCGAUUAGAAGAAGCUGAUACCCUAAUACAACAGCUUAUUUCCGAUAAGGAUCCGAUCCUGAGAAGAUCCGGCAUGUAUACAUUAGCUAUGGCUUAUUGCGGUACGGGACAUAACCAGGCGAUUAGAAAAUUAUUACACGUUGCGGUUUCCGAUGUAAACGAUGAUGUGAGAAGAGCGGCAGUCACAGCGCUCGGUUUCCUGUUGUUCAGAACGCCCGAGCAAUGUCCCAGCGUGGUGUCCCUUUUGGCGGAGAGCUACAAUCCUCACGUGCGUUACGGCGCCGCCAUGGCGCUGGGCAUAGCCUGCGCGGGUACGGGCCUUCGCGAGGCCAUAGCCCUGCUCGAGCCCAUGGUCAUGUUCGAUCCGGUGAAUUUCGUGCGGCAAGGGGCUCUCAUCGCGUCCGCGAUGAUCCUCAUCCAGCAGACCGAGCAAACCUGCCCGAAGGUCACCUUCUUCAGGCAGACCUACUCCCAGGUGAUUUCCAACAAGCACGAAGACGUCAUGGCGAAGUUCGGCGCCAUUUUGGCGCAAGGUAUAAUCGACGCCGGUGGCAGGAACGUGACGCUGUCGUUGCAAUCCAGAACGGGCCACACUAACAUGCUGGCGGUCGUCGGUACUUUGGUGUUUACGCAGUAUUGGUAUUGGUUCCCUCUGUCGCAUUGUCUGGCUUUAGCUUUCACACCGACGUGCGUGGUAGCGUUGAAUGCGCAACUUAAGAUGCCUAAAUUGGAGUUCAAAUCGAACGCGAAACCGAGCCUGUACGCCUACCCGGCGCCCAUGGAGGAGAAGAAACGCGAAGAAAGGGAGAAAGUCACCACGGCGGUUUUGAGCAUAGCCGCGAGGCAAAGGAGAAGGGACCACGAGAGGAAGCAUCGCGACGAGAAAAUGGAUGUGGACGAAGAUAAAGACGAUAAGAAAACGGAGAAGGAGGAGAAAGAGAAGAAAUCCGAAGACAAGAAAGAGGAGAAAAAGUCCGAUGAUAAGAAGGCGGACGAUAAGAAAGCGGCGUCGUCGAGCGAUGAUAAAAAAGAUAAGAAAGACGAGAAGGAGGAGAAGAAAAAAGAGCCGGAGCCUAAUUUCGAAAUCCUGCAAAAUCCCGCCAGGACGAUGAGGCAACAACUGAAAGUGAUUACGCUCAACGAUAACUCGCAAUACGUCGCUAUGAAGGACGUUUCCAUCGGGGGACUCAUUAUGGUUCGCAAUUUGAAACCCGGAGAAGAGGAAUUGGUGGAACCUGUAGCAGCAUUCGGUCCGAAGGGCGAUGACGAAAAGGAACCAGAACCGCCAGAACCAUUCGAAUGGACCGAGGAUUAGAGAAAUUCAUUAGUUGUUUCUAAAAUCUAAAUACUAAACUUGGUUUUUCUUUUAUUCAGCUUAAGAUGUUUUUUACAUACAGUGUAGAAUUAUUUAUUCAUAUAUUUCUUGUAUGCUGUAAUAUUCGGUAAAUUUUUAUAAAUAAGCCAUCGUUGAGCAUAUGAAUACAAUACGAUUUUUGUCUAA